GCCCCUUCCCCCACCAUGGCUCCUGGAGCUCCAGCAUCAGCUCCCAGCCCUGUCUUGGCUGUCCUGGUCUUCUUUGCUCUGGCUCUGAGCCCAACUCGGGCCAUCGUUGUCUACACCGACAGGGUUGUGUACGGGGCCGUGGGCUCUCGGGUGACCCUGCAUUGCUCCUUCUGGUCCAGUGAGUGGGUGUCGGAUGACAUUUCCUUCACCUGGCGCUACCAGCCCGAGGGCGGUCGUGAUGCCAUCUCGAUCUUCCACUACGCCAAGGGACAGCCGUACAUCGAUGAGGUGGGCGCGUUCAAGGAGCGCAUUCAGUGGGUGGGGGACCCCCGCUGGAAGGACGGCUCCAUCAUCAUCCACAACCUGGACUACAGCGACAACGGCACCUUCACCUGCGACGUCAAGAACCCGCCCGACAUAGUGGGCAAGACCUCGCAGGUCACCCUCUACGUGUUCGAGAAAGUGCCCACGAGGUACGGGGUGGUGCUGGGCGCCGUGAUCGGGGGCGUCUUGGGGCUGGUGCUGCUGCUGUUGUUACUCUAUUACCUGGUGCGCUACUGCUGGCUGCGUAGACAAGCGGCGCUGCAAAGGCGGCUCAGCGCCAUGGAGAAGGGUCGACUGCACAAAUCCGGGAAGGAUUCCAAGCGCGGCCGGCAGACUCCCGUCCUCUACGCCAUGCUGGACCACAGCCGAAGCUCCAAGGGCAGCGAGAAGAAGUCCAAAGGGCUGGGGGACUCACGCAAGGACAAGAAAUAGCGGUUAGCGGGCCGGGCCGGGGCGCGGGGCUCGGCCGAGCCGGAGCCCGCCAAGGGCGCGCGGGUGGUGGUCAUCGAGAUGGAGCUGCAGAAGGAUGAGGCGCCAGGCGCCACGCUCCGGCCUGCCAUCAAGUCCCCCAGCAAGACCAGCCUCAAGAACGCCCUCAAGAACAUGAUGGGGCUGGACUCGGCCUCGUGAGCGCCCCAGCCCUGCUCCAAGGGGCGCCCCGACCCUGGUCCGCCCCUUUUAGGUGCUUCCUCCUUCCUGCGCCCAUCGCUGUCCUCUCCAGCUCCAGCUGGAAGCUGUUUCCUCGCCAAGGCCGGCACCUCGACCCUUCCCAGGUCCCCACCACAAGGACUGCGUGUUUGGUGUCUGUCCCUCCAGCACCCAAGAAAGGGACCUUGAGACUCCUCCAGCCCCCCCCACCCCCCAGCCCUUCUCCUGCUGGCUCGUCCCCUGCUCCCCGGCUAACACCCUGUCACCCAGAGCUUCCUUCAGGGGUCCUUUAGGUAAGCAGUGUUCCGCCUUCAACCCGCCCCGUGCCAGGGCUCUGCCCCCGUGACUGAGCACCCAUGAUGUCAUCCCCCGCCCCAGCCGAGGGCCCUCAACCCCAAGCUCAGCUGCAGAGCUGGUGCUCCCUGAGCCCUUUGGAGCACUAUCCCGGGGAAGGAGAGAGAUGGGGGUUGAGGAGGGGGAACCAAGAGGGUCUCUCUGCAAGUGGCUUCCCCAAAACCAAGCUCUCCCCUGGGAGUAAUGGGAAAGGGGGCCCACUCCCAGACACAAUCUUCCAGUUUUUCUAUAUUCUGUAUAUUUCUUCUCAGCAUCCCCCACACACACACAAUGUAUCCCUGAAUGUUUAAUAAACACUGACAUUUCCAGAAGCUAAA